GUAAGGAGGAGACAUCCAACUGAGCCACCAAGUGCAUUGCCUCAUAAUCCCAUGAGAUUGAAAAAGCAUAAGAAGGCUGACCAAAAUGAAGAACAAGAAGAGGUCCCACUGAGUGAAUCUCAGCCUCCACCAGCUAGUGACCAUGUUUUCUCAAGUCAGUCCCUUGUACCAACACCUCCAAACAACAACAAUGCUGCUGAAGCUAGCAAAAAUAGGUCUCAAGGAAAGAGCAGAACAACUAGGAAGAGGAAAAGAGCUGAGUUGGAUGGAAAUGGGUCUAAGAAUCAAGGACAGAAUGUCAAUGUUACACAAUCUGAUGGAGUCAGUUGUCCAAUUGUGGUGAAAGGAAGUGUGAAUUACAUAACAGUGUCCAACAUCAGAGCUGCCUUGAGGACAAAGAAUAGGACAGCUCCUGGUAAGGACAAGGCUGCAAACAAAUGAAUGUGGAUUUGGGUUGGUUUGAUUGUAUUGAUUGACUUUGGAUUUAUUUUGGUUUGAUUGUGUUGUAAUGGGAUAAUGAGUUUUUUGGUGAUUUUGGGAUUAUGGUUUGACUGUUGAGUGUGUUUAUGAUGAACAAGGCUUGUGGAUUGUGUUCUUUUGGUGAUUGUGGUUUGAACAGGUUGUGUAUUGUGUUCUUUUGGUGAUUGUGGUCUGAAC